AUGGCGUCUCCCAGGGCAUACUCUGAGCAGCUUCUCGCCAAGGAUGACUUGAAUGCGUGCUUCCAGAAAGUUGCAGCAGCAAGGCCUCAGUUGCUGCGCGAGUUGGACUUUGACUUAGAAAAUGCCAGAGAAGUCUUGGCGUGGUUCGCUCCUGUCUACUGCGACUGCAAGCCGCAGAUGGAAGAUAUGGAGAAGGCCAUCGCAACUUUGGCCGCAUGGCGCGCAAGCGCCGGCAAGCUCCAAGAAGAUUGGCUGUACAAUGCCCAGGAGGCCACGGCGUGGAGCAAAGAUACCAUGGUCGAGAAGUUGCAGCAACUUGGGACUGGCAUUGGCCGCAAAGGUCUCGAGCUGCGAUCUGCAGUUCGUUGGUUGGAUGCCAUUCAGAUUCACUGCGCUCCAUACUUCCAAGAUGUCUUCCUUGGAGCAUCUGUGGCUUUGAAAGACUUGCAGCCUCACCUGGGACAAAUUGAACGCAUGCUGCGAACAGUUGUCGAUGCGUAG